AUGGUUCCAGGGGUUGGACGGUCGGAGAAGCCGCUCCGCUCCAAGCGGUCGUCCUUCCACCGGGUUAUCCGGGGUUCGCGUGUCGGGGCGGUGACUUCACCGCGGGCAACGGGACGGAUGGGGAGUCCAUCGAUCCAGGGGGCAGCUUGCGGACGAGAAUCUCGUGAUCGAAAAACGGGCCCGGGGUGGUGUCGAUGGCGAACACGGGCCCUACACCAACGACUCCCAGUUCUUCAUUUCCACCGUCCAAACCCCUGGCUCGAAGGGAAGCACUUCGUGUUCGGCCACGUCGCCGACCGGAUGGACGUUGCCAGAGACAUCGAGAAGAAUUCAUCAGAAAAAGUUUCGAUCGACGAGGCACCAUUGGAGACAGCACUGGACACGAGCGAUGUGAGACGCUUUAAAGAGGAUCCUGUUGAGAUAUCGCAGAUGGAGAAGGUGGUUGUCAAUCUUGAGAAGGAUCUGAUGAUGGCGACGGAAACUGGGAGGUCUUCGGAGACAGUGAUUACUGCUUGGUGCCUUCCUGCAGCCACUUCUCCUGUGGGCCCUUCAGAUCUAACGUUACAUGCUUCAUUCAUAGGAGAGAAACUCUAA